AUGUUCUUCCUCUACAACCUCGAGCGAAGGGUUACCCUUCACCCUUCGUACUUCGGCAAGAACAUGCAUGAACUGGUCACAGGCAAGCUUCUUAAGGACGUUGAAGGCACGUGUACCGGAAGCUACUAUAUCAUUUCCAUCAUGGAUACCUUUGAUAUCUCCGAAGGUCGUAUCCUUCCUGGAAGCGGUCUCGCUGAAUUCACCGUUGGCUAUCGUGCUGUGGUCUGGCGCCCCUUCAAGGGCGAAACGAUGGAUGCCAUAGUAGUCUCCGUCAACCAGCACGGCUUCUUCGCCGAGGCAGGACCGCUUCGAAUCUUCGUGUCCACCCACUUGAUCCCGCAAGAAGUUAGAUGGGACCCGAACGCCACACCACCUCAAUUUACUAACAACGAGGACACUACGAUCGAAGUUAACACCCAGGUUCGUGUUAAGAUUGUGGGCACGCGAGCCGAAGUCGGUGAGCUAUGGGCAAUUGGAAGCAUCAAGGAAGACUAUCUUGGGUAUUUAUCAUCCCCUUUCGUGUCUUGA